AUGCAUGAUGGGAACCUGAGCUGUGUGUCCUUCUCCACAGAUGACGGCUUCGACUGUUGGACCGAUUAUUGGCAUGAGAUUAAAUGUGUCCUGAACGUCACUGGGUCUCCUUUGGAACCGAACAACUGCAUACUGAAGUUCAAGGAGCUCACGUCCACUGACAGCGACUGCCCUCCGGCCACAUGUGGACUGAAGACGGAGAACACCUGUUUCAGCUGCGUGGCCACCAUCCAACCGCUGUGUUUCUCCACUGAAGCUGAGUUCAGGAUCCAGCUGGUGGAUGAGUCCAGUCAGAUCCUUCGAACCCACAGUUUUAUACCGUCAGAAAAAGUCCAGACCAAACCUCCACGUGCUCCUGUGGUCCAACACACACCUCAGGGUUACAAUGUCACCUGGGAAGGUGCGUACGAAGGACACGAAUUCUUCAACCAUAAGCUGGACUACCAACUCUACCUUCGUACAUCUGAAGACCACAAACCCAAAAUCCUCAAAAUGGCCGAAUCAUUUUAUCUGAUUGAAGAAUCUCAACUUCAACCUGAUGCCACACAUUGCAUCAAAGUCCAAUCGAAGCCUUUGAAUUCAGAUUAUUCCAGCAUUUGGGGCAAAUGGAGUGAACAAACCUGUUGGAAAACUGAGGCAAGAAAAGAACAGAAAAACCCAUUAGUCAUUGUAUCUCAGUGUCUGGGCCCAGUGUUGGUGGUGGUUGGAGUCCUGCUGAUGGUGUUCUACUGUCCCACUACUAGACUGAAGAUCCAAGCUCUGGCCUACACCCCAUCACCAGCUCCGUUCUUCCAGCCGCUCUUUCAGCAACAUGAUGGAAACCUGAAGGAAUGGAUUUCACCACAGGGCAAAUUCUUAGUAAAAUACAAAACAGAUGACAUCUCGAUGGCUGAAGUCGUGGAUGUCGUUCCAAGAGCCAUCACAAAGACGCCUGUGGAGGAGGAGCAGGACCUCCAGGACCCCCCGGUGACACCGCUGGUGUUCACCCAAUGUCCAAGCUCUUACGUGGGUUUACCUGGGACGCACGAAGCCCCGCCCCCUUUACCUGUCAUCUGUCCCGUCAACACCUCCUACACCCAGCUCCCGUGCUCCCUCUGGGGCUUCACCGCAGUAGAAGAAGAAGAGGUUGAAGUUGAGGAUGACUUGUCACCUAAAGAUUUCCUGGACAUCAGCAGCGCAGACUCUGGUUGUAGCUUCGAGGAUUCAACCAGGAGCCCAGAGUGCAGUUUACCCAGCAGCCCCGCCCACGCCCCGCCCCCUCCCUGUUACUGCGACGACUACUACACUCUGAAACAGACGGAAAACGGUGUGGUUCCAGUGUUAGUGUCCAAGGAAAACCAUCCAUUUGGGUGUCUGCAGGUGGAGAGCUAGAAAAAUACAGCAACCACUGUGAUUUUGGACAGAAGGAAAGAAAUGAUGAAAUAUACGAGGGGGGGCUGAAAAGUUCAUAGCCUGAGUUCUUCCACAGCGGUGAAACUGGGCAUACAUUAAAUUCAACCUGUCCUGAUACUAACUGCAUGGUUUCCUUCCAGAUAAACCCACACUGGAGAAAUAAUUUAGGACUUUGAACAGUAGUACCAGAGACAUUUGGUGAGCUAUCCGUGGCACCGUGGUCUGAUCAAAUAUCUGCAGAAAAAGGGCUGAGCCCCCAGGGACAUUCAUGCUGACAUGGUUACUGUAGGGCAGGGGUUCUAAAACUCAUGUUAGUUCAGUUCCAUAUUCAGCUAAACUUGAUCUGCAGUGGGCCGAACCAGAAAAAU